AUGUCAAGAGCCGCCCCUGAAUCAGAGACUGUUACACGUAGAGAGAGAGAAUACAGAGGUGUAAGACUGUGCGACUCGGGCGCAUGGGCUGCAGAUAUAUGGCACCCUAUUUAUAAAGAUAAGGUGUGUAUUGGUACUUUCAGUAGCGCAGAGGAGGCGUCGGAAGCUUACGAAGACCGACGACUCUUUUUCGAGCUUAUCUGUAAGACUCAUCAUCUCGGUGUGUACGAUGAUUUGCUCUUGACCCAAAACAUUGUCGAGGAUUUUGAUGCUCUUUCCAUUGCUGAUGCCGAAGCUAAGGUGCUCGAUGAAAUGCCGCAUCAAGAUGAAAUCUCUGUCGUUGAUUUCGAUGAUGGCUUUGUCGAUGAUGACCCUUUUCGUUGGACAAAAACAGUUUGUGGAAAUUCAUAUCUGGUAGAAGAAACUGAACCCGAUCAAAGUUUACGACUCGAUCAAAAUGCAGCUCUAUUUUCCUUCACAAAAGAGUACCGGUCAAUAUUGGAAGCUUAG